UUUGUUAUCACUGAGACGGUGUCCGCGAAAAUAUUCAGUUGUUUUUAGUGUUUAAAUAAUUCAUCUCUCGUCACGUCAUUCCAUUCAUCAGAGAAUCUGUCAAUAUCUCGCACAUUGGCGAUGUAAUAGGGGUGCAUGUGCAAGAAGCCUGCCAGGAUAUCUCCAGAGGUGUUCAUUUCUAAAGUUUCAUCAUGGAUAUAUCAACGGUGACACAAGAUGAUAGUUCCGGGGCUAACCCAAGUAGUGUGAAAAGUGAUGACAGCAGUCCCCGGCAGGAGGGCGGGCGCGGGUCGCCACCACCUAACUGCGCAAUAUGUUUGGGCACAUGUCGCAACAAAUCGUUUACUGACUCAUGUCUACACCAGUUUUGUUUCAAAUGUCUCUUAACUUGGAGUAAAGUAAAAGCGGAGUGCCCCCUGUGCAAACAGAACUUCAGGUCAAUAAUACAUAAUGUGCGCUCCAACCAUCAAUAUGAGGAAUAUAUGGUGGAACAACGCACUGAGGAGACAGAAGAAAGAGUUGAUAUUGACAAUCUUACCACCACCAGGAGGUUCAGAUAUAGGACAACCCUGACUCUACCACGACGAGAAUCAUUAGCAAUACAACAGCUACUUCUACAGUACCCUUUAAUGGCGGACGUGUUCCCCCCUCCUGUGCCCCGUGCGCCACCGGCGCGACGUAGACGCUCGCCAACCGCCUUUCGCCGUACUGUAUACCGCCACAACCUAUGGGCGCGACCGUUACCUGACUUCACUGGUCGUUAUCGAGACUGCACUCCUGAAUUCUACAGGUACAACAACUCCCAGAUGCACCGCUUAGUGCCUUGGAUCAACAGAGAAUUGCAUUAUCUGUUGAACGAAAAUAUUGGACACAUCUCUUACGUAAUGACGCGAAUUAUGGAAUUACUGCCUCAGCAUCCAAUAAAUUCGCCGGAAUUCAAGGAAGCAAUGCAACGGUUCUUUGGAGAACGUACAGAACACUUUCUUCACGAGCUUUACUGCUUCGCGUCCACUCCUUAUGAUAUGACCGGAUACGACCGUUAUGUGCAAUAUACCACAGAUCGAAGAAUAUCUACGAUGGUUAAUGAAGUUCUUUCGAGUUCAGAUUCGGAGGCCAGUGUGGACUCCGACAUUCUGAUAAUAUCCAGCUCGGAGCCGGCAGAGCCACCGCCAGGGCCGUCCCGAGAGCCGCUACCGGCUCCCGUCUACCCACUAAAUUACAUUCCCAACCCGCCAGCCAACGUCAUUCCCAUUGAAACCAUAUCGCACUCCGACACAGAUGAUGAUUCGUCAGAAGUAAUGGUCGUUGGAUACAUAAAACCACCUCAAGAUAGAACGCCAGAAGUAGUAGACUUACUUGGGUCAGACAGCGACGUUGUCGUUCAGGAUACCACGCAGUCAGAACCAUCACAGAGCGCAUCAAUAGAAGCUACUGAGACUCGGCAAGUGCCACUAGUGAAGCUGAGUUUGAAAAGACAUCCUCCACAGAGAGUUCAGGAUUCCGAGAGUGAAGACAGUACGUACACGCCUCCUAGCCCGCGGCGGAGAAAACGGCAGCGAUCGUAUAACACGGCGACUACUAGCGACACCUGUCGUUCCACGCCGUCCCCUUCCUACUCCCCGCUGCCUUCCCCUUAUCCCGCACAACGGCGUCCAAGCCGCGCCUGGAGCGACACCAACUCCACCGACUCGUAUUUAAGCCCAUCCUGCUCGACGGACGGCGAUACCUCCGAAUACAACAUUAGUGGCUACACUACUUCAUCCAGUUCCAGCGGCAGAAGGAAACGAAGAGUGAAAAAGAAAUCGAAGCGAAAAAGUCGCAGCGAAAAUUCAGACAAAAAAAGAAGUAAGAAACGUAACACAUCACGCUCGCAUCACAAACGCAAGAGAAGUUCAUCCAAGACAGACUCUCUAAAGGAUAAAAAAAGCAAAAAGAAAUCGCAAUCGGGGAAAGGUGUGAAGUCAUCUAAGAAAAAUAGCGAUGUAGUGUCACAUCCAGAAGAACCGCCGGCGCCUGCACCUAUAGAUCCUCAGCCAGGACCUAGCGGAAUCUCCAUUAAGACUAGUUCUAGCCGAGAAAAGAAACGUCGAAUUAACCGUGAGAACAAAAGACUGAGAAGUGUUGUAAACGUAAUGUAUAAACACUCGAAUGAUAGAAGUCCAACGUUAAAUUCUUACGUAAACAAUAUUAGUAAGAAUUCCCAAAAUUCAUCUAUUCCUACCGAUGACAAAGAGUUAGACGAGGUACCAAGUACUAGCCAAAGCGGAACUAAAAUAGAAACAGAGCUAAGAUCUCCUUUAGACGAAAAAUCUCGUUCAGAUGACGACGAUUCAGAUCCUGAAGACAAUUUACCUUUAAACUUAACAAUGGGUAUGCAAUUUCGUGAAUGUUUUUAGGCAAAUUAAGUUUGUACCAGUCUGCUAAGAAUAUAAAAAACGAACUAUCGAACAUAGCGGAUAAAAGUUGCUUUUAACUCUAAAUGACGGUUACUCUUGACUUUUCACUUCCAUAUUUAUGUCCUCAGAAAAAUCAGUUCUUUGACUUUGCAACAUCGCAUAAGUUGGUCGUAACUAAUUCCUAAUAGAUGUAAUUUUACGUGAAUUCGAUACGCACAAUGUGCUUUAGAAAUCCAUCUGUGAGUAAAUAGGACAUACGAUAGCUAUGUGUAGUAAUUUUUGAGAAACUUACUCUACUCCCAGAAUUUGAGCCACAACAUUAUUUUUUCUGAAGUAGACUCAUACCCACUGCUAAUAUUCCAAAACUUCUGUGUUAUACAGCUAUUCAAAAUAAAAUGUAAUGCUUAUGAUAUGAUACAUGCAUUUACACAUUAUACGUCUUCAGUAUUUGAUCGUGCGUUACUCUGAAACACACCGAUUUUGUACGUAGGCAAUGUAAAUAAUAAAAACAUCGUAAUUAUUAAAAUCUUAGAUGGUGACCUAGCAAUGUACAUACAGUAAAUGAUAAAAUUUAUUAUUUAAUUAAUCCUUUUUUAUGUAAAGGAUUUUUUUUUAAUUUGUUUUUUGUGGAAAAUAAUAGAAACUCAUUUUGUAAAAUAAAGAACUCCAUUCACUGGUGAACAUGUUGGACGUCAAACAAGGACAGACUUGUGCGAAGCAACGAGGAAGCUUUCAAACUACGUCUUCUUUACAUAGAAUUCAAUCUUAACAAACCUACAUUUUAACUGUUCUCGUUCUUUUGCAUAGUUCUUACCUUUGUCAGCUAACAAAUAAAAUGAUUCUUUAAUAAUUCCACAACUUCUACUUACUAAACGUGCACAUAAAAGCAAUUAAUUUUUUAUUUGGCAAAAAUAUUUCUCUUCUCAAUACAAAUGAAUGUAACAUUGGUAUUUUUUACCAUUUCUUAUAAUAAACAUAUUGGUUUUUAUUAGUAGUGCCGCUGGUUAGAAUAGGUAGGUAUAAUGUAAAGUCCUGCUUAAUUAUCUCUGCCCUUCAACGAGUUGACCAGAGAAUAGGAACUUUUUAAGAUUUUUUAAUGAAUUAAAUUAUGCCAUUAUUGGUUUUAUUUCUGAUUGAAGUAAAAUGCCGUUUCAAGAACAAACAUUUGUCUAAAGCUAAUACUAACUUCUUGUACGUUUUUCGUGGUUACCGAUUGACGAUUCUGAUGUGCUUACUUCUUAAACUAAUGCAACGAAUCUAAAAAUAGGGAAUAGGCAAAUCCGAGAACUAUUUAUGUUUGCAAUGUCUUAAUACUCGGGUCUGACUUCAAAAUAUGAAAUAAACCAGUGUCAUAUUUCAGUCGGAUGUUAUGAGGUACAAAGGAAAGGGCGCCUUCAAAUUGGACUAAGACUUUCAAACUCGCAGCAUUUCCGUGUCCCGGAAAAAAAAUCCGUCUCGGUGCGCAAAAAUACCGGGAAAACGAGACUUUCGAGACUAUUUCAAAAGUAGGUUUUUUAAUUAUAGGCUAGGCGUUUAGGCAGUCCAAACAUGAGAUUUUAAAAGUUCUUUAUUAACUCAAGUUAUACUAAUAAAACUUUAAUUUUCAUACGAAAAAAAACAGAGGGCGUUUAAUGUAAUUUUGGAUAGAGAGACGAUAUUAUUACUAUCAUUCUCCACAGAUUAUACUAUCUACAAUAUUGUCAUAUCCAUGUAACCAGAAUAAAAAAUUACUAUUAGUAUUUUUUUAUUACUGUUUAAUUAAGUGACUUAAUGCUAAAAAUAAAAAAGACUAAAAAAUAAGGCAUAAGACAUUCAAGGCACUGUAAAAAAU